ACCACGGUCCCUCCCGCGGGGCUGAACUUCAACCGCUUCACCGAGGACUCGCUCCUGCGUCACGCCCAGUUCGUGGUGGAGCAGGUGGAGAGCUAUGAUGAGGCUGGAGACAGUGAUGAACCCCCCGUCCUCAUCACCCCCUGCAUGAGGGACCUGAUCAAGUUGGCCGGGGUCACCCUGGGGAAGAGGAGAGCUGUCAGGAGACAAGCCAUCCGUCACCCAACCAGGAUAGACAAGGACAAAGGUCCCACCAAAGCCACCACCACCAAGCUGGUCUACCUCAUCUUUGACACCUUCUUCUCAGAGCAGAUUGAGAAGGAUGAGAGGGAGGAGGACAAGGAGAACGCCAUGAAACGCCGACGCUGCGGCGUCUGCGAGGUCUGCCAACAGCCCGAGUGCGGGAAGUGCAAAGCCUGUCAGAACAUGGUGAAGUUUGGUGGCAGUGGCAAGAGCAAACAGGCUUGUCUUCAGAGGAGGUGUCCCAACUUGGCUGUGCGAGAAGCUGACGAGGACGAGGAGGUGGACGACAACAUCCCCGAGAUGCCUUCUCCCAAGAAGAUGCUGCAGGGCAGGAAGAAGAAGCAGAACAAGAGUCGGAUCUCCUGGGUGGGAGAACCCAUCAAGAGCGACGGGAAGAAGGACUUUUACCAAAGGGUCUGCAUCGACUCUGAGACCUUGGAGGUGGGAGAUUGUGUCUCUGUAAGCCCUGAUGAUCCCACCAAGCCCCUCUACUUGGCCAGGGUGACAGCCAUGUGGGAGGACACCAGUGGGCAGAUGUUCCACGCUCAUUGGUUCUGCCCCGGGUCAGACACGGUGUUGGGGGCCACCUCAGACCCUCUGGAGCUCUUCUUGGUGGACGAAUGUGAGGACAUGCAACUCUCCUACAUCCACGGCAAAGUCAACGUCAUCUACAAGGCGCCAUCAGAGAACUGGUCCAUGGAGGGUGGGCUGGACAUGGAGAUCAAGAUGGUGGAAGAUGAUGGGAGGACCUACUUCUACCAGAUGUGGUACGACCAGGAGUACGCUCGCUUCGAGACCCCACCCAAAACUCAACCCACAGAAGACAACAAAUACAAGUUCUGCAUGAGCUGCACGAGGUUGGACGAGGUGAGACAAAAGGAGAUCCCCAAAGUGGCUGAACCUCUGGAGGAAGGAGAUGGGAAGAUGUUCUAUGGUGUGGCCACCAAGAAUGGGGUCCAGUACAGAGUGGGGGAUGGAGUCUACCUCCUGCCAGAGGCCUUCUCCUUCAGUGUGAAACCAGCCAGCCCAGCCAAACGUCCCAAGAAGGAAGCUGUGGAUGAGGAGCUCCACCCUGAGCACUACAGGAAGUACUCAGAGUACAUCAAGGGCAGCAACUUGGAUGCUCCUGACCCAUUCCGGGUGGGAAGGAUCAAGGAGAUCUUCUGCCACCUCCGGGGCAACGGGAAACCCAACGAGGCCGACAUCAAACUGAGGAUCUGGAAGUUCUACAGACCUGAGAACACCCACAAGUCCAUGAAGGCCAGUUACCACGCAGACAUCAACCUCCUCUACUGGAGUGAUGAGGAGACCACCGUGGACUUCCGAGCCGUGCAGGGACGUUGCACCGUGGUCUAUGGGGAGGACCUGACUGAGACCAUCCAGGACUACUCAGCUGGGGGCCUGGAUCGAUUCUACUUCUUGGAGGCCUACAACGCCAAGACCAAGAGCUUUGAGGAUCCUCCCAACCAUGCUCGGAGCUCUGGGAAGAAAGGGAAGGGGAAAGGGAAAGGGAAGGGCAAAGGGAAGUCCUCGAUGAGCUGCGAGCAGAGUGAGCAGGAGCCCCCUGAGCUGAAGCUCCCCAAGCUGAGAACCUUGGAUGUCUUCUCUGGCUGUGGAGGGUUGUCCGAGGGCUUCCACCAGGCAGGUGAGAGGGGCUGGGGACAGGGAUGGGUCAGUGGGUUCCUCUGA